AUGGCUACCCUUAUCCCCCCUCCCAAACGCCAAAAGGUAUACCAUGGAAACCCAGAACCUGAACCAGAGGCACCCGUACCAACAUCAAAUAUCGUGGUCCAAUUCUUAUCAGAGGAAGAUGGAUCACCUUUAGCACCACCCGUUAAUUUGCCUGCCAAUGUUUCGCGUGAAGGAUUAGAAGCGUUGGUGAAUCGGUUAAGCAAACAGGAUGAAGAUCCAGUUCCGUUUUCGUUUCAUGUCAAAUUGCCUGAGAACAAGUUUUCUCUCCCUGGCGCUCCUACGCAGGUCGUCAUCUCAAAAUCUAUAGAAGCAGAUGUUUUGGAACACCCUACGGCUGACAUUACCACGGAAGACAUCAUCAAUGUAUAUUGUUCACCUCAAAGCGUGUUUCGCGUGCGACCUGCGACAAGAUGUUCAUCCACACUUUCAGGACAUACAUCUCCUAUUCUAUGUGCUUCUUUCUCGCCUACUGGAAAUUUGUUAGCGACGGGAUCAGGCGACACAAACGCACGUCUAUGGGAUCUUAACACAGAAACACCAUCGCACGUGUUAUCAGGACACAAAGGGUGGGUUCUAUGCGUGGAAUGGGAAGCUAUGGAGCGGAAGCUCGCAACUGGAGGCCACGAUGGACAUGUCAGAUUGUGGGACCCUAAGACAGGAACCUCGAUCGGAGAAGCGUUAAAGGGCCAUUCAAAAUGGAUUACCUCUCUUUCUUGGGAGCCUAUACACAUAAAUCCAACUGCUCCUCGUCUGGCGUCUUCGUCAAAAGAUGGUACCGUGCGCGUAUGGUCCACACUAACACGAAGGACAGAAUAUACUCUAGGUGGACACUCUGCAAGUGUAAAUGUUGUGAAAUGGGCAGGUGGUGGCGGCAAACACGGUGUUUUGUAUACAGCAAGUAGUGACCGAACUGUCCGUAUAUGGGACGCAGAAAAGGGGCAACCCCUUCACACAUUAAAAGAGCAUGCACACUGGGUGACAACGUUGACUCUGAAUACAGAUUUUGUUCUGCGGACAGGCCCGUUCGACCACACGGGCAAAAAACCAGCUUCAGACGAAGAAGCUCAAAAACUUGCCAAAGCCCGAUACGAUGGUCUUCUUAAAACUACGCCCGAGCUACUCAUUUCCGGGUCUGAUGACCACACACUCUUCCUUUGGUCACCGUUCCCUUCAUCAUCCCCGGCGUCUGCCAAUGAGCCCAAACAUUCCAUCACAAAACCUAUUUCACGUCUUACAGGCCAUCAGCGCCAGAUAUCUCACGUCGUAUUUUCACCGGAUGGGCGCUGGGUAGCAUCUGCUGCUUGGGACAACAGCGUCCGUAUCUGGGAGGGGCGGACAGGUAAAUUCGUAGCGACGCUGCGAGGGCACGUCGGUGCCGUUUACCGGUUGACGUGGAGCGCUGAUAGUCGGUUACUGGUCAGCGCCAGCAAAGAUAGUACUUUGAAGAUUUGGGAUUUGAAGACGUAUAAAAUUAAAAAUGAUCUACCGGGACAUACUGACGAGGUUUACUGUGUUGACUUUGUGGCUGAUAAGGUGGUUAGUGGUGGAAGGGAUCGAACAGUGAAAAUAUGGAAAAAUUAA